CAAAAUGUUUGAUUUCAAAAGUUAUCUUUGUUAGGUUUUUGUAUUAUUGAUAUGUGUUAAAAGCUUGUGUCCAGAAAUAACAGUUCAAUAAGAAUGUAAUUCAAACGAUUAAUGCCUAUGGAGUUAUUGGAAACCCUCUUUAUGUCAAAGUAUUUGUAGUUUAUUGACUGAUGAAAACAGAUGUAAUUAAGCAGUAGAUUGUAAAUGGUAAGCAGAUUCAUCAUCUUGUUUUAUUAAAAAAUGCAAAGAAGCAAUUGAUUAAAAUGAGUGCGAUCUAAUUGUAAUAACAAUAACUAAUUAAGGUUGCUUGCUAUUGGAUAAAUAAUAUAUGUUGGGAUUCCUCAUGUAUUUAAUUAUAAGCUGAAGAGUCUGGAAAGUGUCCAAUUGCUUAUUGUAUUUGGAAUCAAAAAAGAAAACUAUGUUAUGAUAAGAAAUGCUCAGAUUAUUAUAAUGAAUAUGAUUGUUAGCAAAUGUCUUUUUGUUCUUGGUUUAAAUAUAAAUGUAUAGAUAAUGGUAAUAAGAAGCUUGAUUUUUGA